AGAAGUGUGUUUGGAACUGCUAUCCGCCGGCAUAUCGGCCACAUACUCGGCAACUAUUCAUCUAUUACUACGACGAUUAAUUCUUCACUUCCUUGAUAAGGAGUAUCACUAGUUCACUAGAGUCACAACCGUCUAAUUUUCUACGACGAUACCCUUCAUCAUCUCUUCACAGCCCUGGUUCCUGCAUCCAAAAUAUGUCCGCUUCAUCCCAAGGAACAACUCGCCCUUUCAAAGGGUCCAAGAGCAGCUCUUCACAGAAUCCUCUCAUGGAGGUCAAGAUAGAUCAGCACUUCAAGGCUAAGGUCUAUACAUCUGGAUCUACCAUUGCCGGUCAUGUUGCCGUUCGCGCCCUGAAAGAUACUUCCUUCGAUCACCUGGACAUUGUUUUUGUUGGCAUUUCUGCCACACGACUUGACUUUGUUCAGCAGUAUCCUUCUCACUCCUUCAGACCAUUCUUGAAGAUCCGCAUGCCGAUUCAAGAGUCCGAUUUACCACAAGAUCAGGUGUUUCGGGCUGGGAGCGAGUACAAGAUACCGUUCCACUUUGUUGUCCCUCACCAACUCACCAUCGGGGCUUGCAACCACACCUGCUUGUCACCAGAGGUACGGGAGCGACAUUUACGACUUCCUCCCAGCCUGGGAGCUUGGGAGGCCGAUGACCAAGCUCCAGACAUGACCCAAAUUGAAUAUGCCAUCAAUGCAAAGGCGAUUCAACGUGUAAACGGAGCUGCCGUAAAGGCCAUGGAAGCGCACCAUGUUCUUAAAGUGCUUCCUUCGCUCCCUGAGGACGCACCCCUCGACAUAACUUUCCGAGAUGAGUGGUAUAAGCUGUCCAAGACCAAAACGAUUCGAAAGAGCUUGUUCUCAAGCAAAACGGGCCAAUUUACCGCUAAUGCCGUUCAACCCAACGCUGUCAUGCUUUCUGCAGACGGACACAAGUCCUCGAUGACGAGUGUCCGUGUUAAUCUGGAAUACGCCCCAUCUUCGGCUGAGACGGCACCUCCCAAGGUCAACUCUGUCACAGGAAAACUCGUAUCUACGACCUUUUUUAGCGCCGUGCCGAUCGAUCAUCUGCCGAAUCUAGGUAGUCGAACCAACUGCGAGAGCACCCCUUGCCUGAAUUAUACGACAACACACUCCUUAUUCACUCUUCCAGUGGAUUCUGUGUCGUGGAUGCAGAAAGACGCGACAUUGCACUCCCGAAGAGACUCGGGCUAUUCGAGCACUGUUAUAGAAGGGGAUGCCUCCGAAACGGAUAACUCGGCUGCUGAGGGAAGAGGACGACAGAAUAGCAGAGGCAAAGGCUCUAAAACGCCUAAGCUUUCGACUGUCAAGCACACCACAGAUCUUGAGAUUCCAUUCACCAUUUCCAACUCGAACAAAAAGCUUUUCUUACCAACCUUUCACUCGUGUUUAAUUUCCCGAACUUACACUCUGCAAUUAAGCUUGUCAGUGGGACCGACCAAUACUGCCAUUGCGCUUUCGGUGCCUGUGCAAGUUGGCGUCGAAACAAUCUAUGAGCCGCAGGAUCACGAGCUUCCUAGCUUUGAAAGCGCUGUGGCAGAGGAGGAAGCAGACGCAUAUUUACAGCCUCGCGUCAUACAUGCCCCAGAGUCGGCGCUACAGAAUGAUAAUCGGCUACCAGGAUACAGCGAACUGAGCCGCCGAACCGUUAGCGUUGCUUAAUAUCAUUAAUGUCAUUAGUAUAAGAUGCUGAUCUAUACCUGCCAUUCUUUAUCUUUUUUUCCUUUUUUUUGGUUUUUGUCUUGGUAAGAAGCCUAUUUGCAAGCUUAUGAGCAUGGAGUUGAGGAUUUGGAAUUUUUAAGGAUAUGUAAAAUCACUUUGGGCAUAUAUUACAAUAAUAAUUUUAUAACUAUAUAAUCUCUCCGUCUUAUCCAUGAGUUUGGAAAUGAUUUAUUCAUUCGUUACUUCUCAUCUCAUUGCAAACUGCC